AUGGACGUGGAGGUGAGUGCUGGCAGGGACAGCACCUGGAGGAGAGCAGCAGCAGCAGCAGAUGAUGCCGGAGGGGGAGGCAUGGAGGCUCAGGUCGUGCCGCUGGAGAUCUACGACUCUGCAAGAGCCAAAAUAGACGCAAAUCUCCGCUGGCUGUUUGCCAAAGCUUAUGGUAUAGAGCACAUCCCUGCAGACCUGCGGGACCCCUUCUAUACAGACCAGUACGAGCAGGAACACAUCAAGCCCCCCAUCAUCCACCUGCUGUUGUCUGGAGAGCUCUACUGCCGGGUGUGUGGGCUCAUCCUGCACGCAGAGCAGGCUGCCUCACUCCAAAGCCACCAGUCUGUCAUCCAGGCCCUGUCCAGAAAAGGCAUCUAUGUCCUGCAGACAGACAGUUCACCUGUCUCUGAUCUGGACCUCAGCUCGGCUCCCAUCAAGAUGAGCUCCCACAUCCACCUCAUUGAUGCCCUGAUGAUGGCCUAUAUAGUGGAGAUGAUCAGUAUAGAGAAGGUGGUGUCCAGUGUCAAAAGGUUUUCCAACUUCAGUGCCUCCAAGGAGCUGCCUUUUGACCUGGAAGACGCCAUGGUCUUUUGGAUCAACAAGGUGAACAUCAAGAUGAGGGAGAUCAUAGAAAAAGAGCUGAAAAUGAAGCAACAUCUGCUGGAGUCACCCAGUCACCAGAAGGUGCGUUACCGCAGAGAUCACCUGGCAGGUCGGACACUUCAGCACUUCCCUCUGUUGGAUGACCUGUUGAAGGAUGUGUGUGACGGCACGGCUCUGCUGGCUGUGAUCCACUUCUAUUGCCCAGAAAUCAUUAGACUAGAAGAUAUCUGUCUGAAGGAAGUUCCCUCCAUAGCAGACAGCGUGUACAACAUCCAGCUACUAAAGGAGUUUUCCAAUGAAUACCUGAACAAAUGCUUUCAUCUGAAGCCUGAGGACAUGUUAUAUUCUCCACCAGUUCUAAAGAAUAAUGUGAUGGUCUUCAUUGCUGAACUCUUCUGGUGGUUUGAGAGUGUGAAGCCAGAGUUCGUACAGCCCAGGGACCUUCAGGAAAUCAGAGAUGUGAGAUUGCUACUGCAGCCCAAGAGUUCACGACCCCAUGUUGCCAUCUCCAGCGUCACCAAACGUAGUUUCCUGACAUCAUCAAACUCUGCUGACACCUUGACCACGCCCCCGAGCCCUGACCUCAGCACUAAGCCAAGCUCAUUAAGCCCAUCUCACUCCUUACUGCCCUUGAGACAGAGACAGCAGAAAGUGGCUGAGGAGAACACUUCAGAGGUGAGAAAAAGGCCCAACUCUAUGGCACAUACUGAUGGGCUGCAUCAGGGCUCAAUACUGGCCUGGCCAGAGAGGAGGCCGAGGCCUUUAUCCCAGCCGGUGCCCUACGCCCUGCACUGUCCCCUGGAGGAUGAUGCAGACAGUAUAAGUCUUGCUCGGUCCAUCAGCAAAGACAGCUUGGCCUCCAAUAUAAUGUGCAUCACCCCCAAACACAUGCUGGGGUCUGGUCCUCAACUGUCUCAACACAGACUCAGUGGUCAAAGCCUGCUUAGUCACAUGCGCAUAGAGGAUGAGGAGGAGGAGAUAGAAGAGGAGGAACUGGUCGCUGUAAUCCACCCUUCUGCAUUUUCUCGAUAUCGACUUGGGAGUGACAUGGAGCAAGACGAACUGGAAAUCCAGAGCGCGACCUUGACCUCAAGGGUUUCUAACAGUCGUUGCUCUCCCCGCCUUGACAUGACCCCCUGUACUCCCGACCACCAGGCAGACAGCUACUAUCUGGAGCCUUUGAUGCCUGCCAUCCCGAAACCAGCCAAAGAGAAGAGCAUCAGCCUGAACAAGGAGGAGGAGAGUGGUGAGAGCCGUUGUAGAGCAGCAGGAGCUGCAAGGAAAGCAGCCACCAAUGUCCCAAGCACCUCACAGAGGAAAGCCUCUGUGGUUGAGUCAAACAGAAGUACCUUCACACCCAUACCUGUGGUAGAAUCAGCCCCUAGCUCUCUCAGGCCACCCACAGAGGGGUCGAUAGGCAUCCCUCAGUCUGUGAGGAAACAGCCCCAAGGCUUUUUCCUUCAUUUGUCAGGAGAGCUAGAGCACCACAGCCCUGAGGUAGGGCACGACUCUGACUCUGACAUUGCAGACCUUGAGGAAGACGAGGAGGAGGAUGAUCAGAUGGAGCUGGCCAAAGUGGUGAUGAGGAGAGGAAAGGGACAAUACUUAGAGGAGGGAGAGAUGUGUGAAUUUGGAGAGGGAGAGGGUGAGUCAGCCAAACUGAGAGAAGACUUGAAGAUUAGUGAGUGGGACGAUAAGGAAGACUUCAGUGGACGCUCCAGCCCUUGCCUCAGUACCAUAUCCUGGGCGAGCAGCUGCAGCGCUUCAGGCAGCACCAGUGUCAAGAUGACCAGCUUUGCAGAGAGAAAGCUUCUUAAACUUGGCCUCCGUGAUGGAUUCUCAAGUACCAGCAGCUCUCAGAAGACCACACCAGAUGGCUCUGAGGUUACCCCCUGCCCUCCCUGGCAACUGAGGAGUGACUGCACCUCCGGCUGGAUAGGGAAGGAGCCUGCUCCUAUGUUGGGGAAGAAUAUGAUGGUGAGUCCCUCAGUUGUGCCUUCAGAGCUGCUGCAACUUCACAUGCAGCUAGAAGAGCAAAGACGUGCUAUUGAGUAUCAGAAGAAGAAGAUGGAGACCCUAUCAGCAAGGCAGCGACUAAAGCUAGGGAAAGCUGCGUUCUUGAACAUUGUUAAGAAGGGUGGAGGGAAGAGUGACACACUUCCUCUGCCCCUGAAACACUCAGAAUCUGCAGAACUGGCUGACCGGAGUAGAGUGAAGACCCAGUCCUGCAAGGAUGACUCCUGUCUUGAUGCUCUGAAGGUCCAGGCAAAGGCAGGUCAAACAGAGGCAGGGCAGAUGAAAAGAGACAACAGGUUGAACACCCUGUCCCAGGAUAAUGGGGCUGAACCUGACUUGAAUGAGUGUUCCCACUCUAUAGAUCUACUCAAUGAAGCUAUUAGUUCCAUUCAACACCAGAUGAUGCAGCUCUCCUUACAGCAAGACCUGCUAAUGAAGCGUGUGGUGUCACCUCCUGAACGUGUAGAAUCAAGCCCCAGCACAACCCCGAACACGACGCAAUCAACAUCCUCUACCUCAGACUCCAGAUCCUUUGCACUUCACUUUGUAGAUAUCAGUGGCAGCAACUCUGCACCUUCUCGCCGUCCUCCCAAGCUCAGCUCCAGCCAACGCAGCAAAGCCUUGGAGCAAAAACAGAGUAAAGACAACAGCAAGUUGGCUUCUGUCAAGUCUAAUACUCAGUCCCCCAAAGAAAAUUCUGGUGGAGACCAGAAGACAGGGAGUAGCUCCAGGCUAGAGACAAGCCUUCAGAGAAACACAACCUUCAGAGUUCAUAAUGACCUCAAGCAGCGCAGCAGCAAAGAGGGAACUGGGGGCUUCUUGGACAAAACGCAAUCACAGGACCCACAAGUCAUUUCCAGUACAUCAGUGUCUCCCUCGGAGGCUGCGGAACAAGAGGAGGACAAUGUUGCCAACUCAGGAAAAGAGGCUGUGGGUGGAGAUGAGAAUACCAGGGUCAAGGGUCAACUGAUUGAGGUCGACCUAUCAGAGCUUAAAGAUCCACUGGAAGAUGGAAGUGCAGACUGCACUGAGGCCGAGCAGAAGAAUGUGCUAGGCUUCUUCUUCAAGGAUGAUGAGAAAGCGGAGGAUGAAAUGGCCAAACGUCGUGCUGCCUUCCUUCUCAAACAGCAACGCAAAGCUGAGGAAACUAGACUACGCAAACAACAGCAAGAAGCUGAGAGUGAGCUCAAACGUGAUGAGGCCAGGCGCAAGGCAGAAGAGGACCGUGUUCGUAAGGAGGAGGAGAAGGCACGACGAGAGCUUAUUAAGCAGGAAUACCUGCGGAGGAAGCAGCAAGCGUUGAUGGAAGAGCAGGGUCUGGUCAAACCUCGCCCACGGACUAAGUCCCGCAGGAGUAGGCCGAAAUCACUGCACCGUGAUGAGUCCAACAGCCUCUCCAAAGGAUCCACCACUCGUAAUUCUCUGAAGGUGUCGAUGUUGAUCAAAGCGAAGGGCUCAGCAGCAGGCUGCAGGGGAGCUGAUCUGAGCUGUAGUUAUCAAGGAUCGACGCUCUCUUUGGCCACUGAGGCAGACAGUGUCAUCUCUGGAGGGGCAGAGUCACAGAGGGCUGGAUCUGUGUGUUCCGUGGAGUCAUUUCCUAUGCUGAGCAGGGCGUCUAGCAGGAACAUGGAGAGGGACUGGGAGAACGGCUCUAUAGCCUCUUCCAUCACUUCAAUGGAGUACAAUGGUCCUAAACUGUUCAAGGAGCCAAGCUCCAAGUCCAACAAGCCAAUCAUCAUCAACGCCAUCGCUCACUGCUGUCUGGCUGGAAGGGUUAAUGAAACCCAGAAGAAUGCUGUUUUGGAGGAACUGGAAAAGUGUGAGUCCAAUCACCUGAUCAUCCUCUUCCGCGACGGUGGGUGCCAGUUCCGCGCCAUUUACUCAUACUCACCGGACACAGAGGAGAUCGUCAAGUUCACAGGCACAGGACCGCGCACUAUCAGCCGGAAGAUGAUUGACAAGCUCUACAAAUACAGCUCGGACCGCAAGCAGUUCACUGUCAUCCCCGCCAAGUCUGUGUCGGUCAGCGUGGACGCCCUGACCAUCCACAAUCACCUGUGGCAGGUCAAGAGACCAGGGAGUGCACGUAGGAAGUGAGAAAGAGGAGGAAAGAAAACACUUCUUAUAGUCUCUGUUCUAUCUACUACUGUUGGGCAGGACCCAAUGAUCUCUGAGGUGACUGACAUGUGAUCACGUGACUAACAUGUCAUUAGACAGGAGGAUUAGAUGUUCUUAUUGAUGGAGAUGUCAGCCUGCGGCGGUGCGAGAAUAUGAUCGUCUGCCAACUGAAUGCUCUGAUUUCUUUCUUUUCUUGUCUCGUUAGCUUUUUAUUCUGCAUGUCACAUAUUUAUGUUUUAAUUUGUGGGUACGCCCUUCGUUUAUUAGGCACUGUUAAUGAUGGACUGAUUGUUAUGUAGCGGUGAAGAAAUGGACCCUCAAGUCGAAUACCACUGAAUCUACUUACAGUAGGAAGCAUACUACUGAAACCAAGUGCAACUACAGACAGGCAGUGGUGAACACUGACUUGACCAUGUUUUGAAAAGUUAAAGGUACUUCAGCUUGGCAAAAAUACCCUACUGCUGUGAUUAAUCCAGGCUCCACAUACACAGCCUCUGUUAUUCACCUGUAUCUACUCCUGGUCGCUGCUUUUAUGAAGAGGGAGCUUUGAACAAACUUUUUUAAUGUAUGUAUGGAAUGGAUGUUAGUGAGUGGUAAUCUGCAGUCUUGUUUUCUAUUUAGUGUG